AUGGCAAUCACGGACAUCUUAUGGAAUAAUUAUCUCGCCUUGUUGUGCGUUCUCCUUCUCUCCCCGGUCAUAUUGUACACCACCGGGCAUUGGCGGGUCAUUGUCAUUGUCACCAGUGGUGCCGACUACGAGGAUGGCCAUAUCGUCGAGUGGACCAUACGCGAGCCGCGUCUUCGCAUAGGCCCGACCGACUUGAUCAUUAGCAGGCAUACGACAAGCCUAGUGGUAUGGCAUCGCAUUGGGGAAUUCGGAGUCUUUGGACCUACCACUAUCGUAGAAGAGCUGGUGCGCACCGGCACGCUCUGA